AUGUGGUGCCGAGGUUUCUUGCAGCAGACGGUCAGAUACAUGUCGACCAGCAGACAGGCGGGCAUCCUCUUUGAUGUGGACGGCGUCCUGCUCCGCGGUGGCAAAGUGAUCCCAGCUGCUCGACGAGCUUUCCGGAAGCUUCUGGACCGGAACAAUAAUUUCCUGCUUCCUGUCGUCUUUGUCACCAACGCAGGAAGCUGUCAGAGACAUCACAAGGCCCAACAGCUCUCUCGCCUGCUGGACGUCAAGAUCGCUCCUGAGCAGGUGGUUCUUUCCCACAGUCCUUUGCGAAUGUUGAAGAGUUUCCAUGAUAAAUGUGUCCUGGUGUCAGGACAAGGACCAGUGACCGACAUCGCCCACACUUUAGGUUUUCAGAAAGUGGUGAACAUCGAGCAGCUCAGAGAACAUCACCCUCUGCUGGACAUGGUGGAUCACAACAGGCGACCCAAACUACCUGUGAGUAGUGCACCUACUUUUCCCAAAAUAGAAGCGAUUAUCCUGUUCGGAGAGCCAAUUAGAUGGGAGACCAACCUGCAACUGCUGAUUGACGUGCUCCUGACCAAUGGCAGCCCCGGCUGUGAGUAUGACGCUCAGUUGUCAGCUCAGCUACCAGUUCUCGCCUGUAACAUGGACCUGAUGUGGAUGGCCGAGGCCCCGUCUCCACGGUUUGGUCAUGGGAUGUUCAUGCUGUGUCUGGAGUCGGUCUAUAGGAAGAUGACGGGUCGGGAGCUGCAGUACCAAGCACUGCUCGGAAAACCUAGUUUGCUCACUUACCAGUACGCCGAACAUCUGCUGAGGCUGCAGAACCCCAACCGCAAGCUAACCACCAUCUACGCUGUCGGUGACAACCUGAUGACAGACAUCUACGGUGCUAACCUCUACAACCGUUACCUGGUGCAGCAGCACGCUGCCAUGACAACAAGCACCAAGUUUGUUGCCCAGGGAACGGGGAGUCAGGUGACAAUGGUGGUCCCAGAGGAGGAGCUAGUGUCUGCUGCUGCUCAGUGUCAUUCCAUACUGGUGUGCACAGGUGUCUAUAACCCUCGCUCCCCGUUGCCUAGCAACCAGAGUGGCACCAUCACGGAGAAAGUGUUCCACGGUCACAGAGACCUGGUCCUGGAGCCAGACCUGGUGGAACCAAGUCACGUGGUGGAGGACGUCGAGUCUGCCGUCGACCUGCUGCUGCAACAAGAGGACUCCGUGACACCUGACCUCUGACCUUUGACACCAAAUCUCUGACACCUGACAUUGGACCUCUGACGGCUAACCUCUGAUACAUGACAUUUGACCUCUGACACCUUAUAUCUGACAUCUGACCUCUGGCACCUGGCAUUUGAGGUCUGACCUCUGACUCCUGACCUCUGAUUCCUGACACCUGACCAGGUUAAGUCCAGAUGAUCUGAAGACAUCUCACUCUGUCUGUUUUUCAAGAUACAUUAGGAGUUGACUGUGUGACAGCUAUGGUUUAGAGAUUUUGAGUUAAACUCAGAGUUGCCUGUUUUUAUGUCACUUUAUUAAGUUGUGAUAUUUUUCAGGUCAGACUGUUUAGAUUCACAACAUGUUAGUGCUUGGUCAUCAUCCUGUUUAUAACAGUGUGAUGUCUCUGUAGAGUUUAGAUAUUUUGAUUUAAUUCCUUACAGUGAUCUUAUCUUUGAUAUUAUUUAUACAGUGUAAAUUUUAUUCUUAUUUAGUGUGAAGGUAAAGUCAGGUACAGACAGGUCCAAUGGUUACAGACAGCUACAGUCAGGAACAGUCAGGUCAGUCAGGUAUAGUCAGGUACCAUCAGGUGAGACAGGUACAGUCAGGUACAGUAAGGUGAGACAGGUACAGUCAGGUACAGUCAGGUCAGAUGGUUACAGUCAGGUCAGUCAGGUGCAAUCAGGUACAGUCUGGUCAGACGGUUACAGUCAGGUGCAGUCAGAUGGUUACAGUCAGGUACAGACAGGUAUAGUCAGGAACAGUCAGGUAUAGUCAGAUGCAGUCAGGUAUAGUCAGAUGCAGUCAGGUACAAUCAGGUGCAAUCAGGUACAGUCAGGUCGGUCAGGUAAAGUCAGGUGCAAUCAGGUCAGUCAGGUAUAGUCUGGUCAGAUGGUUACAGACAGGUAUAGUCAGGUACAGUCAGGUCAGUCAUAUCAGACAGGUAUAGUCAGGUGCAAUCAGGUCAGUCAGGUCAGUCAGGUAUAGUCAGGUGCAGUCAGGUAAAGUCAGGUCAGUCAGGUAUAGUCAGGUACAGUCAGGUCAGAAAGGUACUCGUCAGGUACAGACAGGUACAGUCAGGUCAGUCAGGUAAGACAGGUGCAGUCAGAUACAGUCUGGUCAGAUGGUUACAGUCAGGUACAGUCAGGUAUAGUCAGGUCAGUCAGGUACAGUCAGGUAAGACAGGUGCAGUUAGGUACAGUCUGGUCAGAUGGUUACAGUUAGGUACAGACAGGUAUAGUCAGGUGCAGUCAGGUACAGUCAGGUAAGACAGGUGCAGUCAGGUACAGUCAGGUCAGAAAGGUACUCGUCAGGUACAGACAGGUGAAGCUGAGCAGCUGAUGUCAGUGAGAACACUGCUCUCCCAGGUACAAACUACUCCUCCCAUCCCUGAGAGUCUAGACUCCUGACUUCAAAUUCAUGUUUGUGAGUAUGUACGUGAGUCUGACCUUGGCUGCUCUGCACUGAGAAAGACCUCCAGUCCUGAAUAAUCAUCCUGACACCUGGUCUCAGCUGACUGCUGAUGUUCUGGAGGAGGUCUUUGGGUUUUAAUGGGUUCAGCAGAUCUUCAAAACACCUGUGAACACCUGACCAUCGAGCUGAGUUUAAACCAUGACCUCUGACCUCAGACAUACUGCAGAAUGUUUCAAGCUCAUUUUUAUACACCAAGAAGAGUUUAACCCUUUAACUACUUUGACCACUAAGAACCUAACUUAUGAUAACCUAAUUGGUAAUUAAUAACUAACAGUAAACCUGCUGGUGCUCUGAUUCGUGUCUGAUAUAUACCAUUAAUGUAAUGUUAUGAUUUUAUUUGUGGACUGUAAAAAUCUGAAGUUUUUAUUUUGCUGAAAUAAAAUAAAAACAUAUGAAAAUCUGUCAAAAGAACUUCUACUUUAAUAGAAAUUAUACUUUAAUAGAGGCUCAGAUGAAUACUGACUGAACAAGAAGUUCAUAUUAAAUGUGUUUGUGUUGUAACUUUUUUUAAACAAAUUUCUUUCCUCUGUUAACUCAGUUUUACUGUUGUAUUUCAUAGAAACAUCAUACUGUUGUAACCUGGUCAUGACAAAACAAAAACACAUUGUGAAAUGAAUAAAAGUGCAACACAAAGAUUAAAAAAUAAACCAAAGAAAAAAAAAUAUUAAAACCCAGAUGAAAACAUUAUAUCACUAAUAUUGAUAAUUCAUCCAUUUUCAGGGUGAGAUUGUUACAGGUUAGAGUUCAAUUGUGACGUAUGUAUGACGUAAAUUCCUUUCAUUUGUAACUUAUGGAAUAUAUGAAUACGGAAUUUUACAUUUUAAAAAAUAUUUUCAUCUUUAUACCACGCACAUACAGACCAUAUAUAUAAAAAACGUUUUAAUGGUCUUAAAGUCUUAGAGAAAUUCAUAAGUUUUUAACCAGAGAAAAUGUCUUUACGUCAAAAUUGUUUUAAAACUUUCUAAAAAAUUUCACUGUAUGAAAUUUCUUAAGUCCUUCACUUAUUUAGCAAUGUGAAAAUUUUGUGGUAAAGAUCAAACCUUUAUAUCUU